AGAAGCCGCCGCUAGCCGCUUUGUCCUCUUGUUUCCUCGCAGCCUCUGAGCAGCCGGCGAAUCCCGGCGGACCCCAACACCGCCGCUUGAACCUCCACCGCAGCAUGCUCAAAGUCACCAUGCCCUCCUCCACGUCUUCGUCGCCUCCCUCUGCCUCCGCCACCCUCAGCGCCACUGGCACUCUUGCCUCGGGCUCUGCCCCUCUCCCUGCCUCAACCCCGGGCCGGGUCGGAGGUGUCGCCACCCCUGUAUCUGCCGGCUCCACCAAACCGGAUUUUUGGAUCGACGGCUCCAAUAGGGACACCCUCACGGAUUAUUACGACUUGGAGUCAGAGCUGGGACGGGGUGCUACAUCUAUUGUCUACAGGUGCAGGCAGAAAGGAACUCAAAAGCCUUUUGCUGUCAAAAUCUUGAAGAAAACUGAGUUGCCUGCUGAAGAGCUCUGUGCAACUCUAAAGAAGUUAUUUGAAGAACAGGUAGAUAAAAAGAUUGUCCGAACAGAAAUAGGUGUUCUUCUUCGACUUUCACAUCCAAAUAUUAUAAAAUUGAAGGAGAUAUUUGAAACCCCCACAGAAAUCAGCCUUGUCUUAGAACUGGUAACAGGAGGAGAGCUGUUUGACAGAAUUGUGGAAAAAGGAUAUUACAGUGAGCGAGAUGCUGCUGAUGCAGUGAAGCAGAUCCUGGAGGCGGUUGCUUAUUUACAUGCCAAUGGAAUUGUUCACCGGGAUUUGAAACCAGAAAAUUUAUUGUAUGCAACUCCAGCUCCAGAUGCACCUUUAAAAAUAGCUGAUUUUGGACUUUCCAAGAUAGUUGCAGAUCAUGUUACCAUGAAAACAGUCUGUGGAACUCCAGGAUAUUGCGCACCAGAAAUUCUACGAGGGUGUGCUUAUGGCUCAGAAGUGGACAUGUGGUCCAUAGGAAUAAUCACCUAUAUCCUACUUUGUGGCUUUGAACCAUUCUAUGAUGAAAGAGGAGAUCAGUAUAUGUUCAAGAGGAUUCUCAACUGUGAAUAUGAUUUUGUUUCUCCUUGGUGGGAUGAUGUAUCUCUGAACGCCAAGGAUUUGGUUAGGAAGCUAAUUGUUCUUGACCCUAAAAAACGCCUUACCACUUUCCAAGCUUUACAGCAUCCUUGGGUCACAGGAAAGGCAGCCAAUUUUAUUCAUAUGGAUACAGCUCAAAAGAAACUCCAAGAAUUCAAUGCUCGACGUAAACUGAAGGCUGCUGUGAAAGCUGUUGUUGCAUCAACUCGUCUUGGAAGUGCAAGCUGCCAUAGCAGCCAUGACAGCAAUAAGCUCAGCGAAAACCAGCUUGCAAGCUCAGAAGAUGGUGCAGAAGAAAAAGAGACAUCAAUAUGCCACAUAAUUCAGGAAAGGGGCAUUCAGGAACAAGGAUCUGAAGGAGGAGAGCCGUAAACCUUGCAAUGUCUUCUUCUAAGCAAAGACCUCCCAUUUCAUGCACCAGCCAAAUUACCAUUCAACAAGAAUGAAUUAUGGAUGACUUUGCUUUCAGAUGUAAAGUCCAACUGUAGCUGGUGACCUGCCUGAACUUUAAUGCAUGUGAUUGCUUCUGAAAAACAGUAAAGUCUUUUAUUGGCAUGCCGUGGAUAAAGUGAUGUUUACAAUAAUGCCAACAGGUGAAUUGGAGAAUAGGAAGU